ACAGCUCAACAAGCUGAACGAUUUGGUCACUUACUUUUCAUUCUCGGCAACCGGCUUGGUGGCCGAGGAGACUUAGAUGAGGAAUCUUGGAUCUUUGAAAACAACCCGGAUGUAGGUUGAGCAAGUCGCAGGGUGUACCGAUGGUUUGAGAGUUGAGAUGAAAGAGAGGGUCACUUUGAAAUUUCAAUCGAUACUGGUACUUCUUUUUCAAGAAUUUGUACUUCAGUGCUUAUUUGUUUGUGAAAUUGACAUAAAUGGAUGAUGAUUCAUCAUUCUUUUCACUGGAUUUGGAUGGAAAUACAUUGAGAAACUAAUUGAGACUUAACACCGGGAUUGCAACGGUAGAACAUGUCCUUGACAACGAUUAUCAUACCAUCGGUAGGUAUUUUAGUGUACUCUCGAAGUAGCCAAACCGACCAAAGAGCCUCCCAAAGAAGGGAAAAAGGAAGGCAAUUUUGGUAGCGCGAUUGAUGUUCAUCAUCUCAGCCAUUGCCGAGCCUCCCACCAAUUGCAAACGAAACUGGUGAUCAAGCGGUUGCAUGAGUGAUUUUCGGCCAUUGGCUCCUUGUGCUUCUUGUUAGAGAGCAACGGUCCUUUUGUGCAUUGCAGGAAGAGAUCAAGUCACCUUCGCAGCCUAUCCUCCUUGUUGCUGGGGACUUUUUGUUGUCUGUGCUGUUUUGCUCUGUUUGGUGAAGAAGAUUGUCAGUGGAACCUGGUUUUUGAGAAUCGAAUCAGAGGAGCGGAGUGACGAGUGACGAGUCGAUCUUUUGUUCCCUCGGAAGUGGCUCGCAGCAAACCCACCAGAAGAUAAGAUAACACUCAUUCCAUUCGAUUCGCUUCCAUUCAAGUUGGCCAAGAAAGAAGUCUAUAUCUAUAGAAAAAAGUCUCGAAGAUGAUGUCUUCUACGAAUGCUUCUACGCCGCCUCAUUCCAUCCAAAACAUGGAAGAAGGAUCCUAUUCCGAGAGCCCUGAUUCUCGUCACUCGGGGUGUUCCUUUCGAGAUGAAAUGUCGGGGACCUUCUCCGAGCCAGUGCAUGUCCAAGCUGUGGAUUCCUUUCAUGAUUGCAGCGAAUACAUGGAUUUGGAUGACUCCAACAUUCCCACCAUUAGACUCUCCAAUUUCGGAGCGGCGCUCGAACAGGACUUUCAAACCGUCCAGAAUGAACUGGCGGGAGUUCUUUCUGACGACGAAACAGCCGAUGGAGGUGGCAGCAUGGAUCAUCGCGAUUUGGACAACAAGAACAGCAACAACAACAAUGCACUGCAAGUCCAUCCAGUCGUCGACUCGACGGGAGGAAUUGUAGUCCAAGAAUUGACUUCUUCUUCCUCUGCCAAUAAACCACGACAACGACAGCGUCUCGUGUCGAGCGAUGGUGUCAUUGCCGAAUUUGAAGUGCCUUCCUCUUCGUUCAACCAACCAGAUGACGACAGUCCACACGACGACAGUCAACCCAAUGAUUCCGAUUUGGCAGAUGAAAAGAUUGUCGCUCAGGCCGUCGAAAUCGACGCUAGUUUUCGCAGCAAUGGCAGUUUCAACAUGCACGAUCUAGAGCUCGGAGAUGAGGAACCCCUGCCGUAUCCCGGUAAUCGUCGUGCGUCGGGACUCGCUAGAGCGGCCCGCAACUUUUUGGCCAAUGCCACCAGAAGCGCCUCCAGUCGAUCUCCCUUUACCCCGGCAUCGGCCGUCGGACAGCAUCGACGAGCCGAACUCCUCAGUGCCACCGUCAUCAAGAAUGCACCCACGGAAAGUGUCGGGCUCAACUUGUUGCGCGAUGAAGUCGUGGUCUAUUCCAUCAAUCGAGACAUUGUAGCGACGGACGACGAUGAUGACGACGACGAAGAAAACAACAAUGCGUCCAAGGGAAGUCUCUUGCGACAUUGUCCCUUUCAAGCCGGAGACAAGAUUCUCUCAAUCAACAACAAGAGGACGCAGCAUAUGGACAGUCCAGAAGCGGCACGAAUGUUGCGAGAGGCCACGGGAUACAUCAAUAUUGUCUGUCGUAAUGAAGGAGGCGAUCCCUGUUUGAUUGAAUCCAUGAUUACCAAGGCCAAUCGAAAUCAACGGAGUGGCAUGGGUCUCAAGUCGACGGGACAACGCGAUUUGCGAGUCUCUUCCAUUAAUGAAAACGGACUCUUUGCACAGUCUCUGUUAAAUGUCGGAGAUCGGAUCUUGUCCAUUAACGAAGUCGAUGUGACCGAAGUUGAUGCUCGCGUCGCCUGUGAUAUCAUCAAGGAUUCUCCCGAUCGAGUCACUGUCGUGGCCCGAACGGCGCAUACCACCGGAGUGGUCGUGGCCGAAGUUUCCACCCGAGGGUUGCGUCGCGAUAGCGAAACAUCACAGCAAAUUUUGACAGUGGUACCCGAAGAUCAAAACGACGAACGACGCAAUGAAAUUGAAGCCGUGGAUGAUGUAUGGGAACUCACCAAACAGCAACGAGAACAUGUUGUCAUGGGACUCUGCUUGACUCUUUUGAUUGUGGCUGUCAUGGCGGGGAUCUUUGGAAGAUCCUCGGCGGAAGACGAACCAGCGCUGCUGUCAGAUCCAGCACUGGAGGAAACGGGUCCCUUUUUCAAUGGCACGCUGGAGCCUUAACUUAUUGGAUUCGAUUCGUUGCUUCAAUGAAUUCUGACUUGGCUCAACAUAAUAUCUACGCAAUCUUCAGCAAACCAUACACGAGUUCCAAGGAGAAGCAGAGGGAGCCUCCCACAGCGAGGGCCUCUGCGGUCGCAGUUGGCCAAGAGGAAGGGCGUUGGCCAUGUCGAGAGCUUGUUGGGAAGUUGAUGUUAAUGUCUUCCCUUGCGACUUUACGGUUGACGGAGUCCUCAUUCUGGAGGCAAUCGGGCACAUCAGAUCGUAGUUUAGUGAAUACGACACUCGCAUUCAUAUUACGAGUUUAUAGGCAGCAGCAUAAUGGACAAGAACAACGUUCAACCUUUUUAACGCCAAUUAGAGAUUCAAAACACAAAGAGUGA